AUGAGAAGCCAGGCUGGGCCCAGCCCGAGGGGCUGCGGUCACCGGCCCGGCUCCGGCGGUAACUCUGCUGUGUCCAUCUCUUUUGUGGCCGCGGCGGCAGUGGACGGACAGUGGCAGGAGUGGAGCUCGUGGAGCCAGUGCUCGGUGACCUGCUCCAAUGGCACCCAGCAGCGAAGCAGGCAGUGCACGGCGGCGGCUCACGGCGGCUCCGAGUGCAGAGGGCCCUGGGCCGAGAGCCGGGAGUGCUACAACCCCGAGUGCACCGCAAAUGGCCAGUGGAACCAGUGGGGCCACUGGAGUGGCUGUUCCAAAUCCUGUGACGGUGGCUGGGAGAGGCGGAUAAGGAUCUGUCAAGGCGCUGCUGUGACUGGGCAGCAGUGUGAAGGAACCGGAGAGGAAGUUAGACGGUGCAGUGAGCAGAGGUGUCCUGCGCCUUAUGAAAUAUGUCCUGAAGACUAUUUGAUGUCAAUGGUGUGGAAAAGGACCCCAGCUGGGGACAUGGCAUUCAAUCGAUGUCCUCUCAAUGCCACAGGCACCACUAGCAGACGCUGCUCUCUCAGUGUUCAUGGAGUGGCCUUUUGGGAACAACCAAGCUUUGCUAGAUGCAUAUCAAACGAGUACAGACACUUGCAGCAUUCAAUUAAAGAGCAUCUUGCCAAGGGUCAGAGGAUGUUGGCUGGUGAUGGCAUGUCCCAAGUAACCAAGACACUAUUGGAUUUAACACAGAGGAAAAACUUUUAUGCUGGGGACCUUCUAAUUUCUGUGGAAAUUCUCAGAAAUGUUACAGACACAUUUAAAAGAGCAAGUUAUAUCCCUGCGUCUGAUGGGGUGCAGAACUUCUUUCAAAUCAUAAGUAAUCUAUUAGAUGAAGAAAACAAGGAGAAAUGGGAAGAUGCGCAACAGAUCUAUCCAGGUUCAGUGGAGUUAAUGCAGGUGAUUGAAGAUUUUAUACACAUUGUUGGAAUGGGAAUGAUGGACUUUCAGAAUUCAUACCUAAUGACUGGAAAUGUAGUGGCUAGCAUUCAGAAGCUUCCUGCUGCAUCUGUUUUAACUGACAUCAAUUUCCCAAUGAAAGGAAGAAAAGGAAUGGUUGAUUGGGCACGAAACUCAGAAGACAGGGUUGUCAUUCCAAAAAAUAUCUUCACUCCUAUGUCAACAGAACUAGAUGAAUCAACUGUAUUUGUACUUGGAGCAGUGCUAUACAAAAAUUUAGAACUCAUUUUGCCCACUUUGAGGAAUUUUACAGUUGUUAAUUCAAAAAUCAUUGUUGUUACUAUACGACCUGAGCCUAAAACUACAGAUUCUUUCCUGGAGAUAGAACUGGCCCACCUGUCUAAUGGCACAUUGAAUCCCUAUUGUGUGCUGUGGGAUGAUUCAAGAAUUGCUCUGGUGAGGCUCGGAGGUGGCUGGCAGCGCAGGGGGCGGCUGCUGCCGCGGCUGGCGGGGCUCCGCGCAGCAGCGCCCGGCCGCUCAGCACCGCCGCCCGGACAGCUCCGCGCCCGCGCCCGCCCUGCCCCACAACAAGUCCCCGCCGCUGUCCGGGAACUCCGCGGCGCGCUCCUCGCGGUCCCGCGGCAUUGUCUCCUCACGGAACCGGCCGACAGGCGUAAUUACCCCCGUUUCCCCCACCCCCUCCUCUCUCUCUCCUUUGCAGGAACGACUCUUUGGGAACCUGGUCCACCCAGGGAUGUAAAACUGUGCUUACCGAUGCAUCCCAUACGAAAUGCUUAUGUGAUCGUCUCUCUACCUUCGCCAUUUUGGCUCAGCAACCUAGAGAAAUAG